AUGCCAACAAGGAAUCAGUCCCUAUUGCCCCUUCCUUCUAGGACAAAGAAAAGGGGCGCAGUGGAACUAUUUCAGGUAGGAAGUUACCAGGUAACAGCUGGAAGAUUUGUUUAUUUAUUUACUUAAUUAGCUUCACAAAAUUUAUAUGCCUCUCAAUUGUAAUAAAACCUCAAAGCAUUUUACAAAAAGAAUAAAGCAAUAAAAUUAUCAGUCAAAAAGGUCAAAAACUAUUUAAAACAUUCAAAAAGUAAUAAAAAAUCAACCAAACUGCAAGAAACAGAUCAAAACACACGUCGAGCAUUCUACAUGUGUGGAUAGGCUUGCCUAAGCAAAAAAUAUUUUAUAGUACAGUACAUUGAUUAUUGCUUUCAUUUUAUGGAUCAAUGAUCUUGUGAGAUAGUAAAAUUCAUGUUAAAUUGCUGUUUUAGGGGUUGUUUUUAAAAGUCUGGAACGGAUUUAUCCGUUUUGCAUUACUUUCUAUUGGAAAGCAUGCCUUGGUUUUGGAACGCUUUGGUUUUGGAACGGACUUCCAGAAUGGAUUAAGUUUGAGAACCAAGGUAACACUGUAUGUUCUUGUCUCACAUCUCAGGGUUCAACAAAUGCUAGAAACUUGCUCUUUGCCUCACAACAAAAGUUGAGAAUCAGGGAGUUAAGGUUUCGCUGCAGCAUGGGGGGGACAAACCUCCCCCCUACCCCACCCCCUUUUGGAUGCCCGUGGAUAUAAACCAUUUGAUUCUGCAUUCUGGGGCUUGUCCUUAGAUUCUCUCCUCUGUGGGAUGCAUGAGAAUGUUCCUAGGCAAAAUGGUUGUGUCUCUCAAUCGAGGGUUCUUUUAUUUUCCCUGGGGAGAGGGUCACUGUCACCUCCUGGGAGACUGAAGGAAGGGCUCUUUGUUCUCACAGAGGCCAGUGAUCUUUGAGGAUGUGGCUGUGUAUUUCACAGAGGGCCAAGGGGCUCUGCUGGACCGCAGACAAAGACAGCUGUACAAGAACGUCAUGUUGGAGAACUACAAGAACGUCGCUUUGCUGGGUAAGAACGUUUCUUCCUCAACUGCCUAGGACCCUCGUACCUACGGGACCGCCUCUCCCAGUAUGCCCCACAGAGAGCCUCAAGGUCCAUAAAUAGCAAGUCCCUGGCCCUAAGGAAGUUAGAUUAGCUUCAACCAGAGCCAGGGCCUUUUCAACACUGGCACCGGCCUGGUGGAACGCUCUGCCUCAUGAGACCAGGGCCCUGCAGGAUCUGAUUUCUUUCCGCAGGGCCUGUAAGACAGAGUUGUUCCGCUUGGCCUUUGGCUUGGAGCCAGUUUGAUUCCCUCCCCCUCUUUCUUUUUUCUUUUCCUUUCUCCUCCUGUGAUGAGGCUGCAUUUUAAUAUUUUAAUGUUUCAAUAUUUUAAUUGUUGUAUUUUAAUCUUGUUUUUAAGUUGUAUUCAUUCAACUUGUUUUUAUUAUUGCCUGUUAGCUGCCCUGAGCCCGGCCUUGGCUGGGGAGGCCGGGGUAUAAAUAAAAAUUAUUAUUAUUAUUAUUAUUAUUAUUAACUGGAGUGAGAACCAUUGGAUGCUCAAGGGUCCUGCUAUGCUUCCCCCCCACCCCACCCUAAGUCCUUUGUGUUUUCAGAAAGAUUGAAAUCAUAAUAAUAAAAAAUGGAGCGGCAGGAACCAGCCAGCCACCUGAGUUACCGCUUUAUUAGCAAGAACAUGAUGUGCACACAUGUGGCUGAGGGUCAGGCCUAAUGAGCUCAGCAGGUCAUCCCUGGUAGGUCUUGCCCCGUGAAUCAGUUUGGUGAGAUUGAAAGUCCCCGCCUCCCCACAGUCGUCUUUAAGCUCCUUCAUCUCCAGGGUUUUCCCCAAGCAAUCUGAGACUGCGCCUGCAUGAAGCCAACCUCUCCUCUGCCCUCUUCACGCCUCUUCUGGGAGACCAGGGGAACGGGGAGCUUGUCUCAGCAGGAGGGAGAACCCCGCUUGCUUCUUCACCAACCUGACUCCUCUCUCCCUCUUCGCCUUCCUCCUCUCCUGCUUCCACUUCUGCUCCUGAACUUGUCUCUGCCACAGUGUCUCCCAGUUCACUAAGCCCUGUUAUGCCUAGUUCCUCCUCCCAGUCUUCUCCCUCUGACCACUCAUCACCGUCCUGCCACCACUUUCUGGGCCCUGAGCUUUAUUUCCUUAGGGCUUCCCCAGCUGGUUCCUCCUACCAUUCCUCUGCGUCAAACCAAUUCAUAACACGGAAUUAUUAAAAUAUAGGUGACCUUCCUUUCGUAGAGUGUCUUUUGGGCUAUGUCAGCUAAGCCAGUAAAGGCGGGACCUGGAGAAGGGACUUGGAAGUAGCAAUUGCCUGCUGGCAGUCAUUGUUUGCCUUUUAUUUGUCUUUCCUUAGAAGGAUUUCCAGUCUCCAAGCCUGACCUCAUUGUCCAGCUGGAACGAGGGGAAGAAGCAUGGGUGCCGGACCUUUGGGGAGUCACUGGUACCCCAUCAGGCCAAGGUAAAAGAAAGAGGCAUGUCUUAGAUGCCUGUACAUUACUGGCAAACCAUCUGCAAGCACAUAAUUAUGAAUUGCCUGAAAGCAUCUUUAAAAAAAAAGAAAUGAUGUAAGGGUGAUAUUAAAAUAUUUGAAUACAAGGGGCCGCCAGCCCUGCUUGCUUCACUGAUCAAUUCCACCAGCCCCUUUGCCAAGUGCCCUUCGCCCACACCUGACCUAUACCCUCCAACAUCUCCCCAAUGAAAAUAGGGACAGUCUAUUCAACAACAACAAUUGUAUUAUUUAUACUCACAACAACGACAACAACAAUUAUUGUAUUACUAUACUCCACCCAUCUCACUGGGUUGCCCCAGCCACUCUGGGCAGCUUCCAACAUAUAUAAAAACGUAAUAAAACAUUAAACAAAACUUCCCUAAACAGUCAUACCUCAUGUUACGUUUGCUUCAUGUUACGUUCUUUCAGGGUUAUGUCUCGCGGCGACCCAGAAGUACUGGAAAGGGUUACUUCUGGGUUUUGCUGCUUGCGCAUGUGCAGAGGCACAAAAUGAUGUCAUGCGCAGAAGCGGCAAAUCGCAACCCGCAAGUGCGCAGAUGCGCUGCUGUGGGUUGCGCUCUUUUCAUGUUGCGAAUGGACCUCCGGAAUGGAUCCUGUUCGUAACCAGAGGUACCACUGUACAGGGCUGCCUUCAGAUGGCUCCAUACCCUCCUAACAUUUUUCUAAUGAAAAUAGGGAUGUCCUAAGGAAAAGUGGGAGGACGCGGGUGCCCCUGUGGGUUAAACCACAGAGCCUAGGACUUGCCGAUCAAAAGGUCGGUGGUUAGAAUCCCCGCGAUGGGGUGAGCUCCCGUUGCUCGGUCCCUGCUCCUGCCAACCUAACAGUUCAAAAGCAUGUCAAAGUGCAAGUAGAUAAAUAGGUACCGCUCCAGCGGGAAGGUAAACGGUGUUUCCAUGCGCUGCUCUGGUUUGCCAGAAGCGGCUUAGUCAUGCUGGCCACAUGACCCGGAAGCUGUACGCCGGCCCCUCGGCCAAUAAAGCAAGAUGAGCGCCUCAACCCCAGAGUCAGUCACAACUGGACCUAACGGUCAGGGGUCCCUUUACCUUUAAGGAAAAGUGGGACAUUCUGGGAUCAAAUCAGAAACUGGGAUGGCUUCUGUAAAUCCGGGAUUGUCCCUGAAAAUAGGGGCCCUUGGAGGAUGUGCUGACGAAACCCCUCUCCCUUUACGCCUCACCCACACCUUGACCGAUCCCCUCACAACUCGCCUGCCCUUACAGUUCACCCCAGACUUCACCCACUUUUAUAGCAAGGGGAGGGGCUUCACAGAGCAGCUUGUUAAACCAUGAGGGGAGGGGAAGGAAAUUCCCUGGGAACGUCACAACUUUUCAUGCUUCUACCAGCACACAUCUUAAUAUACUUGCCACAUGGGGCGGGGUUGGGGUGUACGCACACACCUGUGUGCAUAUAUGUGUAUUUGGGUGAGUGUGUAUACUGUUUUCUGUGCUCACAGGAGUGAACCCUGUCCGUAUUUUAUUUUCCCUGAGCAGGUAACUCUACAAGAAAGGAACCUUGCUCAGAGCCUGGGGAACAUUUUAUGAAAACGUCACGUCUCCCUAGACCUCAGGGAGUCCGCAAAGGAGAGAAACCAUUGGUCUGCAAGACAGGUUUCCCUCACAAUUCGCAGCUUGUGGGGCAUCUGAAGAUCCACACAGGAGAGAAGCCGUUUCAGUGCCCGGAGUGUGGGAAAUACUUUACUCAGAAACGGACCCUUACGCUGCACCAGAGAGUCCACACAGGAGGGAAAUCUUGUCAGUGUUUAGAGUGUGGGGAAUGCUUUGCUAAUCAAACAGACCUUGUGAGCCACCGUAGAAUCCACACAGGAGAGAAGUCCUUCCAGGGCUUGGAGGGCGGGAAAGGCUUUAUCCAGCGGUCGCAUCUUGACAGUUGCCAGAGAAUACAUACGGGAGAGAAGCCCUUUAAAUGCCCAGAGUGCGGGAAAUGCUUCGCUCAAAAAACAAACCUCCUCCUACACCAAAGCACGCACACGGCAAACAAACCUUUCCAGUGCCUAGACUGUGGGAGACAUUUUGCUCAUCCGUUGCACCUUGACAGUCAUCGGAGAAUCCACACAGGAAGGAAAAGCUUCAAGUGCCUGGAGUGUAGGAAAUGCUUUGCUCACCGAAAAAGCCUUGCGUUACACCAGUGUGCAUACAGGAGAAAAAUCCUUUCGGUGCCUGAAGUGUGGCAAGGCCUUUGCUUAUCGCUCGGCCCUUAUGAGACACCAGAGAAUCCACACAGGAGAAAAACCCUUCCGGUGCUUGGAGUGUAGAAAGUGCUUUGCUCGACAGACGAGCCUCACUCUCCACCAGAGAGUGCACGCAGGAGAAAAACCCUUUCAGUGCACCAUGUGUAGGAAAUGCUUUGCUCGCCCAACAGACCUUGGGCUGCACCAGAAAGUGCAUGCAGGAGAAAAACCCUUUCCGUGCCUGUCGUGUGGGAAGUGCUUUGCUUAUCAGUCAGUUCUUAGCAGACAUCAGAGAAGCCACACGGGAGAGAAACCCUUCUGGUGCUUGGAGUGCGGGAAAGGCUUCGCCCGACAAGCAAACCUUGUGGCUCACAAACGGGUCCACACAGGGGAGAAACCUUUCCAGUGCUUGGAGUGCGGGAAAUGCUUUGCUCGACAGACAAACCUUGCAAGACACCAGAGAAUCCACAUGGGAGAUAAACCCUUUCAAGAGUUGGAGUGUGGGAAAUGCUUUGCUCAACAGGCAAAGCUUGUGGAUCCCCAGAGAGCACGUGUAGGAGAGAGACCUUUUCAGUGCCCAGAGUGCGGGAAAAUCUUUGCGUAUCUUUCAGUCCUUAUGAGACACCAGAGAAUCCACACAGGAGAGAAACCCUUUAAAUGUAUCAAGUGCGGGAAAUGCUUUGCUCGGCGGACAAACCUUGCAGAUCACCAGAGAAUCCACACAGGAGAGAAACCUUUUCAAUGCUUGGAGUGUGGGAAAUGCUUUGCUCGACAAACUAACCUUGCCAGACACCAGAGAACCCACAGAGGUGAGAACUUAUUAAUCCUCAGUAUUUGGGAAAUGUCUUACAGCAUACCCAAAUGUUUCAAAAACAUGGAGUGGAUGUGUGAGAGAGAAAUCUGUUAUUGGUCUGAGGUACUUGAAACACAAUCCUUUCUGAAUUGAGCUGUUUCUGCAAACAUUCUCCUCUACCACCCAGUUAAGGAUGAUGAAACUACAAAGGCAAUGGUAGGCCUAAGCUAUUUUUGGAUGACUUUCCCCAAGGAAUUCUGGGAGCUGUAGUUUGUUAAGGGUGUUGAGCGUUGUUAGGAGGCUCCUCUAUUCCCCUCUCGGCCACAAUUCCCAGAGUUCCCUGUGAAGAGGGACUGACUGUUAAGCCACUCUGAGAAUUGUAGCUCUGUGAGGGGAAUUGGGGGUGCGGAGGUCCUUCUCAAUGUUCAAUGUUCUGAGGGUGUUUAGCAUGCACAGGACACCAGGAUGUUGUGGGUUGUUGCACGUGCGACGCCAGAACAUCUUGGCAGGUCUUCUUAAUCAUUUACAGAAGUUGGUGCCUCUGGGCUGCAGCAACCCAGUCAGAUGGGUGGGAUACAAAUAUUAUAACAACAACCACCAGCACCUUGAACAAUAGAUGCCAGCAAUUGACAUCUGGUGACAGAGGUUUCAUUUCUUUCUCCCUUCUUUUGAUUUCAGUAAUUUGCAAUCUGUUUCUCAUUGCAGCCCAUGACUCGAGGAAGAAGCACUCCAGCGCUAAGCGUGAAAAGCUGUUUGCUAGGAGCUAA